AUGGACAUAGCAGUAGCUGGUGAAGAUGCUCCGUUUAGAUGGGACCACGUUAGGGUCAAACUCAAGAAAGAGAUUGUUACGCUUGGAAUGCCCAGUGUUUCGCCGAUUGAAAGAGUUGGAACAUAUAGUAUGUGUAUAGAGUUUCUUGUCCUUACUGCUACUCCAAGAAAUCGGAAGAGGAGAAAGAAAGGGGCAGAGCGAGAUUUGCAGAGCGUGAUGGAGACAGCAGAUUUCUCUCCGAAGGAGCUAAACGGUGAAGACACGGUUUUUGGAAGUGGUAGUAUGAGUGAAUCCGGAAGAAAAGCCUUGUACGUUCAUGUGAUGAAGGCCUAUGGGACGGAAUAUCAGAUUCAGGAAAACUUUCGAGGUCUCAACCUACUAGCUUCAGGAUACCGAGUGGACAGCACAUCUUCUCGAAUCGUUCUCACUGCUACUUUGGGGAACGAAGAUGUUGGGGAACAAAAACACACUUGUAACGAAGAGGUGAUGUUUGUUGCCGCUGAGCCAUUUGAGGAACCUUUGGUGACUGGCCCAGAAACAUUUGAACUCUUGGGGAGAUGUGUAAUCCGACUGGAUCAGGUUGAGAGAAGGUCUCAUGGCAGUAGUAGCAGCAACAUUAGCAUGAGGAUUUGUUUGGAAGGAGGGUACAAUAAUGUUCAGCAUGAAUCUUCAAACGACACCGACAAACAGGAGACUACAAAAGCCCAAGAUAGGUUUGCUGAGAUUGAAGAUCCUAAGGGCUACGGGUUUGGUGCCUAUGAAAACCAGAUGCAUACUGCGUAG